AUGGAUGCAAAGGCCCAGGUUCUGCCAGCGACCUUUUCUAGGGCUCAUCUGGCCCCAGGACUGGUGCCUUUUCCAGGGCACUCAAUAAACAAUGCUGCAGGAAUUAAUCAGGCCUCUGUGGGCACUACACCAAUGACAAAGGACUCUACAUCAGUUACUGAGGUCCGUAUGAAGGUAACAAGACGAAUCUCAAGUUACAUGUCCUAUAAAUUAGACCAUUUAAAGAGUCUGUCUUAUUUCAUAUUGGAGCUGCUAGGAAUUCCUCCACGGCCCAGUUUUGUGCGCUUGCCUGAAUAUGAUGAAGGCUUUAUACCAGGUUUCCUACCACUGGUUGAUAACGAAAUGGAAGACAUCCGUCAAUUAGAACAUCAGAUUUCCAGACUUGCGGGAGUCCUCUCCUUGGAAAAGAAGAUAACUGCAUCUGGAGGAAAAAUAUUUGCUACCAAUGGGGAAAAAGCUGAUUUCUAAACUACGCUGAAAAAAUGCAAAGAGGUUGGAGGGUCUAUUGCCACGCCAAGGAACCCAGGUGAGAACGAUGCCAUUCUGUACUUUGUGAAAAAUUUUAAUACCUACGCCUACCUGGGGAUAAAGGAAUCGCCCAUUCCAGGCAAUUUCCAGUUGGAUGGCACACAACUGAGCUAUACUAAUUGGUUGAACGCCUUCUCCAACACGCACUCCCACUGCCUGACAGCAGAAGAUGGACGCCCGGUCAAAGCGACUCGAUUUUAUCUGCAAGACUUACAAGACACCUUGAGGACGCUGAGAAGGUUAGCAGACCGGCAGCUCGUAUAA